AUUUUAUGCACUUGAUCUGUUAUUUAUACACUUUUAGCGGCAAUUUAAAUUCAUUUUGUUUUAAGUAAAUAUUCAUCGUUUUAAGUUUUCCAUCAAGGACACACGGUAUAAGAACUGUAUACUGCAAUUUUGUAACUAGCAUUAAUGACGUGAACAACGAGGUUAGAAAUGCUUUCAAUUUAUUAGUCAUGAAAAAUUAUACAUUUCUCAUGCUUGACAGAGUGGAAUGUGUACAGUAGUCAAACACCUUAUUAAAAUGCCGUUUAAGUUCCAUUUGAAGAAAAGUCGACAAUAUAACGUGGUUUCAAAAAAUCAGUAUGUGAUCUGCAUUGAAUUAUUGGACACCACCUCCAUAGAAUGUACAUUGAGCAUUGACAGUCUUGGUCAAGAAUGUUUGGACAAUGUGACUCAACGUUUGGGCUUAGGACAGCCAGAGUUUUUUGGUCUGCGUUAUAUCUCACGCCAUGAUUCUCUCUCUCCAAGAUGGGUGGACAUGGACAAGCCAUUAAAGAAACAAUUGGAGAAGGAGGCCAAAAGUUUCAGUCUAUAUUUAAGGGUGAUGUACUAUGUCACAGAUGUACAGCUGAUCCAGGAUGAAAUGACAAGGUAUCAUUAUUAUCUUCAAUUGAAAAGUGAUGUGUUGGAAGGUAGAUUUCAAUGUAAUUCCAGACAAGCUACUCUCUUAGCAAGCUAUUCAAUGCAGGCAGAGUUUGGUAAUUAUGAUGCAGAGAGACAUACAAUGGAAUGCUUACAGCAAUGCACAUUGUUUCCCAAGGAUGUAAUUCAGGCAGACCCUGGAGGUCUAGAUUCUCUUUUGCAUACUGCUGUAUGCCAAUAUAAGAAUCUUAUGGGUGUUACUCAAGCUGCAUCAGAGGAAUUAUACAUUUCCAUUGUUAUGCAGUUGGAGGGAUAUGGGAAUGAAACAUUCUCCACUAAGGAUAAUGGCAAUAACGAAGUGAUACUUGGGAUUUCUAUCAAUGGGAUCAUGGUUAUUUAUCCUAACACACAAUCGACACAAUUCUACAGAUGGAAAGAUAUAAGCAACGUUAUUAAUCAUAAAAAGACCUUUAGAAUAGAAUGUCAAGCCGAAGGUGAAGAGCCAAAACAAUUCAUAUUCAAUGAAUCGCGUAAUGCGAAAUAUGUCUGGCGUUUAUGCAUAGCGCAACACACGUUUUAUAUGCAACAUCAAGAGUCUCGUCCAUUAGAAAGAUCAACAAACGGGUAUUUUGACAGCGAUACUAAUGACUCAGGGGAUCACGCGGUGUCCGUAAAUUUGGAUAAUAGGAACAUGGAGGGUCACACAAGAUGGACAAGUUAUAAUGAUCUGUCGACAUCGCCAUAUCCCGUCGUAUCCGUGUCAUCAACAGACAUAAACAACUUACGUGCUUUACUUCCAUCCUAUAGACCUGCGCCUGACUACGAGACUGCUGUUCAAAUGAAAUACAAUAACGGAGGAAACCCGCCUCAACCCUACUACGCUAAUCAAUCCACGAUUGUUGGAGCCGAUAUUUCGUGCCUUCUCGGUAAUGUUGUUAAUCGAAAUAGAUACUAGAUUUUUGCUAACAUAUACAUUCGGUCAGAGCAAAUUGUACAAACAACAGUCGUUCUAAGUAUUAUAAGUGUUUUCAUGGAACAGUAUUUUCUAGCAAUCAUUCACACAGACAUAUGUUAUCGUUAAAAGAAAUAGGAAAUCCUAUAGAGAUUAAUGGCAAAGACUGACAUGCACAAUUUUGGAAAUUCUUUUUCCACUCUGUAUGAUUCAUUUAAAGGUAUAUUAUUUCUAAGUGUUAGUAUUUUAUUAUAGUCCUGCUUAUUAUAUGCUGAAAACGUAUUUUAUAAUUCCCUUUACUAGACAGGGAAAUAAUCUUUCUGAUUAUAUCAGUGUUCAAAACAAUACAUUGUUAUACUUUAAAACAUACAAUAAUGUUAAUGUUGUAUAACAACUAAAAGAUAUUGUACUGUACAUACAUGG